AUGGCGCAAUCAGCAGAGCAAACUAUCAAGAUAUGCUGUGUUGGCGCGGGCUACGUGGGUGGACCGACCUCCUCAGUGAUCGCCUUGAAAGUUCCCGAGGUCGACGUUUGUAUCGUGGACAAAAACGCCAACAGGAUUGCGUCGUGGAACUCAGCCUGUCCUCCUAUCAACGAGCCGGGCCUCAUUGAGGCUGUGCAGAUGGCACGAGGGUUGGGACCUGCUUGUCAAUCUCGCAGGCGCAACCUGAGCUUCUCAACUGAUAUUGACAAGGAAGUCCGUGAGGCGGAUAUAAUCUUCAUCUCUGUCGAGACUCCAUCCACCACUGGUGAAGCAUCCCAUCCAGCAACAGGACUGGCUCCUGAUAUGACAAGCUUCUACGCGGCAAUCAAGCAUGUCGCGCAGACGGCCGUCAAGGAUUUCAUACUCGUCAACAAGAGCACUCUGCCAUGUGAACAGCUGAGGAGACCAUGCGGGUGUUACGGGGUCUGCUUCGCCCUGGCGUGCACUGAUCUGCUUAACCCUGACCGUGUCCUGAUCGGCUCGUCCGAUGCGAACAGCGGCAGAGAAGCGGCGCAGUAUCUGGCCGAGCUGUACGCCCGUUGGGUUCCGAAGGACAGGAUUAUGACAAUGAGAAGCCACUCUUGCGAAUUGUCCAAGCUGGCAGCAAACGCCCUCCUGUCACAGCGCAUCAGCAGCAUCAACGCCUUGAGUGCGGUCUGCGAGGAGCUUGGUGCCGACAUCAGAGAGGUUUCCUCCGCCUGUGGACUUGACCACCGGAUUGGUUCAAGCAUGCUGAACGCCACAAUCGGGUUCGGCGGCAGCUGCUUCAAGAAAGAUGUAAUGCAUCUCACAUGGACUGCGUCUCAGCUCGGGCUUCAGGCCGUGGCAUCCUACUUCGGAAACAUCGUGACAAUCAACAACUACCAGACCGAGCGCUGCAUCAGGCGCAUCGUCAGACAUGUUCCGCAACACGCCACGGUGGCCAUUCUCGGGUUCGCUUUCAAGCCCAAGACAGGUGACACGCGUGAGUCGCCAGCUAUCAAGGUGGUCCGUUCCUUGGCGCUGGCGGGCUAUUCCAUCCGCGUUUUCGACCCCCUUGUCAAUGAGGCCAAGGUCAUGAGCGACGUGCGCGCAAGCUUGAACGGGCUCGCGCACAUCGCGGACGAGCGAGUGUCUGUGGGGAAAGACAUCCAAAGUACUUGUCGCGGGGCGAGUGCGAUUGCUGUUCUCAACACCUGGGAGGGCUUACGCCUCUUCCCGACAGAAGGCCACGGGACCCCAACAGCCGAGUGGGAGCAAAUUCGUCGGUUGAUGAAGAGGCCUAGAUACAUUUUCGAUGGACACAAUUACUUGGAGCCUGAGAUUGCAUCUCUUGGCUUCCAUCUAGAAGGAGUUGGACGUCGCGUACGUCGCGCUCGAAACGCGCCACAGAUUCAUAGCAGUCAGGCUCGCAUCUAG